UUUUGCAAGAGAAAAGCAGAAAAAUGGAAAGAAAGGAAGCAAAUCGCUCACAUGUUCGUGGUUCGGCCUCAGAUCCCGUUGAAGGAGGAGAAAAAAAACUUGGCAUUCAAAAUGAUGGUGAGUUUAAUUGGUCUGCGGGUUCCAAGGAUCAUGAGACUGAAAAUGAUACUUAUAUCAGCAAGUAUGCUGAAACAACUGGACAUGAUGAAAGCGAUGAGUUAAUGAAACAACUGGCAGAUCUUGAAACUGGAAACAAAAGGGUACCGGCCACCUUCCCUAAACAAACAAGAAAACAACGGCGAUCAAAACAUGAACGUUGUCCUUCUCUUGAAAACAUUGUUUACCUCAUGAUGUGCUGUGAGCCUGAGGGAGAGUUGCCGUUUCUUGAACCUAACCCAGGAAUAAAGCGACCACCUGUUACUGUUUUUCAGCCACUGCCGCCACCCCCGCCACCAACAUUAUAAAGAGAGAGAUCAGAGAAAGAAAGAGAGAGAUCAGUAUUUCGGGAUUGUAAUCGGCUGUAUUGUAUGAAUUUGUUGUUUUAACAAUAAACCCAUAUAGAAAAUAGAUAUUAGCUUCUAAUUGGUGGUUGUAAUGCCAGAGCAUUUGAAGACUCGAGCUAGAUCAGGUGGUAUUAUAAUUUAUGUUUGGCUUUCAUAUUGUUAUUUUGUGCGUAUAUGUAG